AGUUACUUCCCCUAGCUACUCUCUAAAUGGAUUUGCUAUCUGAUUCUGAGAAGUAUUUAUCUGUUACUGAACGAUAUUUCACACAGAAAUAUUACAAAAAUCUGAAACAUGAAGGAGAAGAUGUGUGUGUUCUUGUACAUUCCAACAAGAUAUGUGUCAUAUGCUUAGCAGAGACACACCCAAUAUGCAAAGAUAAGAAGAAAGUAACUAGUGUAGAUUACCAGUUCGAUAAUGUAAACAGACUCUGUAACAGAGUGUCAGGAAAAGGCAAAAAGGGUGGACAAAACUUGACGCAAGAUGCGUUGUUAUGUAAAAUUUCUUGCGAAGAUGGGAGCCAAUAUUUUAUUCCGUGUGGUCUGAAGUGUCAGUUGCUGGAAACGAACGACAGUCUGAAAAAUUCACCAUCCACUCUGACAGAAAAGCCUUUGAGUGAUGGUUAUAUAGCAAUUGUCAUGCCAAAAUUGAAGGAGUUUCCCGGAGAAAUGGACAGAUUACUGACAAAAGAGGCAUUCUUCGGGAACAUUGCGACAUGAUUAUGUAACGGAUUCUGUGAGUUCGAAGUAACAGCCGCCAUGGACGUGGAUUUUGAAGUCAUCAGGUGCUGAAAUAAAAAGAGGAAAUGUCUGUGUUGUUGGAAUACCGGAAAGGGAAGUGAAAGAAGAAAACAUAACCACAGGGACGAAUCUCGCAGAUUUUUUUUGUUUUGAAUCCUUUCUAUUAAAGGACCCUGCACUUUGGUCGUUACAUCCUUAAAAUAUACAUUUGCUUUCUUUCACUGAAGUAUAUAAUCUUUAAGUAUUUUUGUCAGAUGUAGAAAAAUCUCAUUAGCUGUAUAUGUCUUUACUAAAUAUAUAAAUAAAUAGUGUAUGUAGAGCUGUGUGUCACGCUGAAAGAGUUACCAGUUUUUCAGUGGUAUUACACAUUUUUACUAUGAUCUAUUUUAAACCUUACGCAUAGUACUUUUAAUACACAUAAACAUGUUAAUUUAAUGUUUACAUAAACAUUGUGUAGUAAUAUUGUUCAUAGUUUCAAAUAUGAAAUUUGAUUCUAAUAUACCUUUAACAAAUGACUAUCAGUUGUAUUACUUAGUAGCACAGGCUCGUAUUAAAGUAAGAUGAGAUUUUAAAAAUAUCCACAGCGUUUUGUCGUUAUUUGUAUUAGCAAUAGCACAGUGGUACUGAAAGGCAACGCACGACAGUCCAAACACGUAGGUAUUUGCUAGUUAUACAAACAAAGAAUAGUCAAUCUCAACUGUUACAGUACUAUAUGUGUUUGUCUGAUAAAAGGCGUCGUCAGCCAUGUUAACUGCAGUAAAUGCAGUAACAUUUCUUGCAUUAAGAGAUUUAUAUUACACAAUAUGUUAGUUUCUGAGAAGUUAAUUUCAUAUGUUUUUGUUACACGUGACGUAUAAUUUACAUAUUUUGACACAUUAUUGAGAUCUUAACCAUAUAUCUAUUUAUAUUUAGUUUAUAGUCGUUCCAACUGUUGGAUACUGGCAUUAAGAGUGGCGUUUUAUGUUGAAGAUAAUAAUUAGUGUGACAUUAUUAUUGGUGUGUCAUUUGUUAGUGAAUGUUUUAGGAUACCUGUCAUUUCACAUUUUCCCUGGUAACAUAUCCGCAUUAAUAAUUAAUUUCCUGAUACACAUUCUUGCUUUUGCAGUCUGAAAUGUUACGUCAGCAUUUAAUGUCUUUAACUCACAGCAGUUGUUUAUGUUUCUGCCAUUUUCUGCCAGAGAGAUGUAAAUUUUUACAGUGUAAAAUAUUUUUAUCUGCUGCUCGCUCAAUGUGUAACAUUCAAUAAAGCCAACAUUUCUUGACUAAUAUUUGCAUAUUUUGUCCGGGUCUCACCUUUUUGUACUGAGUAAACUAGAGCUAUCACUAAAGGUGAUGAAUGUACCCCCCGCAUGCACUGACACAGUACAUUGCAAUUUGACGCAUACAAGAUUGCAUAAUUAUGUGGACUGUAUGUAUAUAGACUGUAUGUAUACAGUAUAGUAACAAAAAACAAAGUCCUAUAACUAUGCAGAAUAUUUAUCUAAAAGAAUGUAACAUGCACCAUGCACAACUAGGGUUGGUACUGAUCACUUGUGUGAAGUUUCAUUAAAUUGUGUGUAAGGGUUUGGUAGAUUAGGCACGCACAAGAUUGCAUAUGCAGACUGUAUGUACAUACUAUGUUAACAAGAAACAAAGUCCCACAACUCUGCAAUUUUUGUCGCUGAAAGAACCUAACAUGCCCCAUGCACAACUACUGUUGUUACUGAUCACUUGUGUGAAGUUUCAUUAAAUUGUGUCAAGGGGAUGAGGAGAGAUGGUGCGCACAAAAUUGUGUCUAUGUAUAUAGUAUAGUAACAAAAAACAAAGUCCCAUAACUCUGCAAAUUUUUUUUCUAAAAGAACCUAACAUGCUCCAUGCACAACUACUGUUGGUACUGAUCAUUUGUGUGAAGUUUCAUUAAAUCGUGUCAAGGGGAUGAGGAGAGAUGGUGCGCACAAGAUUGUGUCUAUGUAUAUAGUAUAGUAACAAAAAAACAAAGUCCCAUAACUCUGCAAAUUUUUUUUUCUAAAAGAACCUAACAUGCCCUAUGCACAACUACUGUUGGUACUGAUCACUUGUGUGAAGUUUCAUUAAAUUCUGUCAAGGGGAUAAGGAGAGAUGGUGCGCACAAGAUUGCGUCUACGGACAGACGGCUACGGACAGGACAGACAACCUGAAACCAGUAUACCCCCCCUUACAACUUUGUUGUCGGGGGGUACAAAAAGCAAACCGGCCAUUCUAAUAUUUGUAUUACUGUUGAACUUUGUUCACUCAAAUUCGGAUAAUUUGAACGCCAUCAUUCGCUCGAACUCUGCAACAUCCCUAUUCAAUGUAUAUCUUUCAAGGGCUCGAACUAUCAAUAACUCGAACACAUUUUACAGUUCCCGCCGAGUUCUAGCGAAAAAAUCCCACUUAAUAUUUCACCUCAUUAGUGGUUCUGGGACGACAAAUUUUGUAUGAAAAGAAAUGAAACCACUGCUUUACCCAUGCAGCAUUAUAAGAUGCCACUGAUACUGCUGUAUCUCUGUGAUUCCAACAGGAAAUAAACGUUUUGAUUCCAUACCUCAUAUUUGUAUUUCGAUGUAAAUGAGAUUUGAAACUAGAAUUUGUAAUCCUUUUUGGCGUCAUAAUAGCUGUUUUGAGUUGGUGUGCCUUAAAAUCAAUAUCAUUGAGUUUGGAUGUUAUGUCUCACGUGGUUCUGGGACAACUUUGAAACCACUGUCUUACCCUUUCGUGACCGUAAGAGAUGAUGAAUAGAGUCUGAAGACUUGGUUUUGCUUUAUUUCUAUGAUCCCAAUAGGGAUAAAAGUUUUGAUAUUUAUUUAAUGUAAAUGAGAAGAUAGACCUUAAUUUUAGUUCUGUUUGUCGCCUUAUAACCUUUACUGUCACGGCUGGUUCGCCAUAAUACCGAAAUCAAAUUUAAUAUGUCAUGCACCAUAACAGAAACGAAGGUCGAACACGCGGAGGUGAACUAUGAAAGAUCAUUAAUGCAAAUAUUACUAAGGCGGGUUAUCUUCUUUGAUCAGUAUUUAUCCAUUUGAAUUACUACUUUCCUGAAGUAAGCAGUUCUGCUAAUUUAAAGUAUAUUUAAGAAGAGAAAACUUAUUAAUUCAAUACGACACUUUGUGAAAAGUACACCUACAUGUUAAUGUCUUACUUCUUAAGAGAGUACAUUAAGAUUUUGCUCCUUAGCGUCACGAAGCUGUCUUCGAAAUAGAUUUGAUAAGUUUGAUAUGUUAAUCAGAUAGAAUGUUAAUGGUUGAAAAGCUUUUAUGUCUUUGACAAAAAGUAUCGUGACACUUGGUGCCGUUAUACUUUCUUGUGCUGUCGGAUUAUGUCAUUCAAUAUUUCUAGAUUUCUAAAUAGAUUAAAAGAAUCUAUCACCGGGUAAAGGUGCGGUGGUGGGUAACUAUUUAGGCGGUAGAGCCUCGUUACCGCCUAAACAGUUAACCUCAAGGCAGAAUAGUUCCAUCUGCACCUACAACUAGUGAAAGAAUUACAUUCUGAUCAUGUCGGUGUUAGGGGACGUUUGUGCGUUAGGGAUGUGUUUAUUACCUCUGUUGAGCAGAGAAAUCAAACCGUUUAAAACAUGAGUAAUGUAUUAUUUAUUGGUUAACAUCAUCAUGAUGUGUUGUUCAGGCAAAUAAUCAUCACCCACAAGACUUUAAUAUUAAUGAUUUGAAUAUAUCUGACUAACCCCUUUAAAUGUUAUGUGAAAAUCAAUAAUUGUUCUAGAAGUUCUGUUGAUAUUUGAGAAGUGGGGAAUCGUCUUUUAGUUAAUAUAUCUACGUGGUGUUAAAACAACACCCGCAAUUGACUAAUGCCACACUUUAUUGCAUUUCUCUUUUACUGAAGUAAAUCGCUUUCUUUCUGUCAUUAUCUUUCUUUAUAUAGAUGGUUUUAUUUUACUCAUGAUGUAAGUUGAUAACAGUUAAUACUUUACUUUAUUGCCAUGCUAAUACAUCUGUUGUGUCAUAAAAUCAAUUAAAUAAAUCAAAUAUGCAACUUAUUUUUUCUUUUACUCUAGAUGGCACUUGAAAUUUGAAAUUACGUCUUUAGCACAUGCUCAAGCUUUAGCAACUUACGCUCUGGCUCUAAGAGUUUUAUUUGGCUGAGUAAGCAUUAUAGACUGACAGGUGAGAAUAUAGUUUAUGUAAAUAAUGUAUUUACCUAGGCACAGGUGGCUAAGACUGGGUGUAUUGGUUUGUGAGUUUAAACAUUUGAUCACAGAUGUAUUACAGUUUAUUCAAGUGAUGAGUGUUUGUUUAGUUGUCUUGUUCAGUUAAAUACCGUGCUUCAAAGUUAAACGGUUUUGUGGUAUAUAAUCCAUUUUAAUGAAAUAUUAAAGUGUACUACAUACAGAUAUACGUCUUGAACGUACAGUUGAUACUUAGCAAUGUGACUGUUAGUAUUUGCAACUACGCCUUGAAAAAGCAAUUUUAAACAAAUAGAUAUGAUAUACAUGUAUAUGCUAAUUUUGUAAUAUGUAAUUAAACAAUGUUUUAGACAUGGAAAAUCUGUUAAUUAAGGAAGCUAUUUCAGUUGCUGUAUUGUUUUGUGGAAUCGUGACUACAGUUGUCUGUUUCGCAUUAUUUAGGAGACAUAGCAUUCAUUCAUCACAAUGUUCAAUUUAAAUAGAAAUCGGCGUGCAAGAAAUAGACGCUGUCUGUAUAGGAGUCUGAUGUUUACUUUUUAUAGUGCCGCACUGUCGAUGUCAUACAAUUUUAGGCCGGCGACACUGUUGUAAUGAAGAUCUGACGCAAAUACACUAUAUAAUAACAGAAGUUUUAACACUAAGUAGAACAUGCAAUGAGUAAAAAAUUUAAAUAUUAUUGUAUAAUAUAUUGAAUUCUUUUGACGUUCGGGUGCUAAGCAAGUUAUAAAUAAUAGAGGUAGAGCAUUAUAAAACCUUCGUCCUAAGGUUUAUCUUCAUGCACGUAAUAUAUUGUCUUAUGUCUUAGUGUCGCUGGUGUAUGAUGAUGUGAGUUUUCAUUGUUAUAUAAAGAAAAUAUGUUGUCUAAUUAUUAAAACAUAAUAUUUUA